AUGAAGGUAGAAGAAGAAGAAGCUAAAUCUGCUGUUCAAUGGAGUAGCACAUUGCAUGGCGCUCGCUUAUACCUUGCCGGGGUAGGCCUCGGAUUGGCUCUUUUCCUUACGUGUCUUGAAGCAACCAUCGUUAGCACGUCACUUGUCACGAUUACCAAUGAUCUUGAGGAAUCGAAUCAAGGAAGCUGGAUCAUCACUGCCUAUCUGCUCACGUAUACAGGAUUUCUGAUCGUUUGGUCCAAUUGCAGUACAAUUCUAGGCGUCAAGGCUGCCGUACUCGCAUCUCUCUUUCUUUUUGUUGUUUUCUCUGCCGGCUGUGCAGUAGCUCACACACUCAAUCAACUGAUCAUUUUCCGAUCUUUACAGGGACUCGGGGGAGCAGGCGUCUAUUCCCUGACGCUCUUCUCAUUUGUUCGGAUCGUGCCUUAUCAGCACUUUGACAAAGUUAGCUCACUGGCUGGUGGCAUCUCGUCACUGGGCCUUGUCCUCGGUCCACUCCUGGGCGGUGCCAUUGCCAGUAACGGUAGUUGGCGCUGGGUGUUUCUCUAUAAUGUUCCCGCGGGUAUCAUAUCUUGGGUUUUCAUUUUCAUUGCUCUUCCCAUCCACUUUCCGCACGAUAGCCCAGAUCAUGAUUCUCAUCGUGAGUCGCAACUUUGGGUGGCUACAAAAUCCUUCUUCCGCCGUGUCGAUAUCCUGGGAUCGUUUUUGACUUUGACCUCUUGUUCAUUUAUUAUCGCCGCCCUCCAGGAAGGGAAUUCGGAGUAUGCAUGGGGAUCUGGGCUAGUUGUCGCAUUCUUCGUCGUAUCAGGAGUUUCUUGCAUGUCCUUUAUUUACUGGGAGUGGUUUAUAUGCCGCCAAAAUCUCGGGGUCGUCCCAAUGUUUCCAUGGUGGCUAGCGCGCAAUCGUGUGUUCAUGGGAGUUGUGCUGGGGUUUUUUACCACAGGCUUGCCUUUAUUUGUUUGCAUAAUUAAUAUUCCACAGCGAUUUCAGAUCGUCAACGGAGCCUCCCCGAUCGGAGCAGGUGUUAAAUUGCUUUCAUUUUCGGUCAGCUGCCCGAUCGGCAUUAUAGCCUGCUCCAUCAUUGCGGGAAGAUUAUCGAUCCCCUUUUGCUAUAUCAUUCUUGCCGGAAUAGCCUGUCAAGUCUCGGGUCUUUUUCUCUAUUCUGAACUCGAACCUGUGACACAUCUUUGGCCUGGACAGUUCGGAUACCUCGUUCUCGCCGGAUUAGGGGUUGGCUUAAGUGUAGCCGCCUUUUACAUGGCGGCACCGCUAGUGGUUGACCAGGAUGACCAGUCAGCGGCAGUUGGCAUCGGUAUACAAUUUAGAACACUGGGAGGUGUUCUUGGUGUCGCCGCCUCGGCUACUAUUCUUAACCACUAUAUCCAAAGCCGACUUUCUUCUGCCUUGCUUCCUUCAGAACUAGCUGCCUUGUCCGAAACAACCGAGUCAAUCAUGUCGCUGUCACCGAAUGUUCAAACUCACGUUCGUGAGGUUUAUGCAAUGGCUUACAACACUCAAAUGAAACUUGCUGGUUCAUUUUCAAUUGCUCAGUUAUUUGCCGUGGCAAUGAUGUGGAAAAGAGAUAACAUUCGAUUCUACAAGGCGAAGUAA